AAUGAAAAGCAUGAAAGGGUUUAGACCAAUAUUGGUGUAAAUUGGUAUCUUUAGGGCAGUGAGACUUGGAAAUAUGGGGAGAUAUUACUCUUUACUGGCAUUUAAAUUGUUAAGAAAAAGAUUAAGGGACCUGCAAUGGAAAAGUUUAAAGGGCCAACAGAAAACAGGGUCCUUAAUCUAAAUAGAGAGACUAAGUCUGGUUCUUAACUUCAAGCAGAUCAACUGUGUCAGUGCCUGCACCAGUUUUGGGGGUUUGAUUAGUGUUGAAAUGGUGUGCUUGAUAAUCUGUUUACAAGACUGAGGCCAAGCUAGGGAAAAUGUGGUGCCCGGUAUUUCUUUGUUUUGUUAAUAAGCUUUUCCCUUGCUCUGGGAAUUAACAUCUUUCCCUCUUUGGCCCAAUUAAAUCUAAGGGAGGGCCUCUAUGAGAAGGUGGGUGCUCUGGAUGGAAAUGAUUGGUCCUUAGAAAAACAGUUCCUAAUUAUCAAAGGCUUAUUAUGAAGGCUGCCUCAAUAUUUCCCCCUCCAAAAUGCUAAGGAAUAGUUUAGGUAACAGUUCAGAUUCUAAAAAUGAAGAUGGCUCGGGCUUUUCGCAGACGGAACACAACAUUGUGGCGGCUUACCUGAUUCUGGCAGGUCUGAUAAGUAUUCUCAGCAACAUAAUCGUUCUGGGCAUCUUUGUUAAGCACAAGGAACUUCGAACACCUACGAAUGCAAUUAUCAUGAACCUGGCUUUGACAGACAUAGGGGUCAGUAGCAUCGGCUACCCCAUGUCUGCUGCUUCAGAUCUGCAUGGAAGUUGGAAAUUUGGAUAUGCAGGCUGUCAGGUUUAUGCUGGGUUGAACAUCUUUUUCGGAAUGGCAAGCAUUGGGCUGCUUACGGUCAUAGCCGUGGAUCGCUACCUGACCGUCUGCCGUCCUGACGUAGGAAGAAGAAUGACCUCCAACAGUUAUGUCGGCAUGAUUCUAGGGGCCUGGAUCAAUGGCCUGUUUUGGGCUUUGAUGCCCAUCAUAGGAUGGGCCAGUUAUGCCCCAGAUCCUACAGGGGCUACCUGUACCAUAAAUUGGCGGAAAAAUGAUGUAUCUUUUGUGUCUUUCACGAUGAUGGUUAUUGCGAUAAAUUUCAUUGUGCCCUUGGCAGUGAUGUUUUACUGCUAUUUCCACAUCACUCAAUCCAUCAGACGUCAUGCGACUGGUAACUACCCCACAGAUCUCAACAGAGACUGGUCAGAUCAGGUGGCUGUAACAAAGAUGUCUGUGGUCAUGAUUCUGAUGUUUCUGGUGGCAUGGUCCCCUUAUUCCAUUGUGUGCUUAUGGGCUUCUUUUGGUGACCCGAAGAAGAUUCGCCCCUCAGUGGCCAUCAUAGCGCCACUGUUUGCAAAGUCGUCCACGUUCUACAACCCCUGUAUUUAUGUUAUUGCUAAUAAAAAGUUUCGGAGGGCAAUGUUUGCCAUGUUCAAAUGUCAGACUCACCAAGCAGUGCCCGUGACAAGUAUGUUACCAAUGGAUGCAUCUCAAAGCCCAUUGGCUUCUGGGGGAAUCUGA